UGGCAGCACAAUCAUCUUCCUGUUACUCUUUCUUCUUCCAUUUUUUUUCCUUGUCCAACACUUAGAAUAGAGUUUCAGUGUUUUUUUUUUUUUUAAUUUAUUAUAACAAUAAUUAUAACGAGUUAAUGUAAUUGAAGUUUACAAAAAAAUUUAAUUUACGUGUGACGAUAUUUGAAGAACAAUAAAAAUUAAGCAGUGACAAGUUUUGGUGGAGAAAUCGUAUAACAGAAUUUCAUAACCUCUUUAUUCGGAUGAUAAGAACAAUAAUAAUUUUAAAAAAUGGCGGAAUAUUCAAGAAGAGUACUGCAAAUUAUCGUUGCACAGAUUUGUCAAUCUAUAGGCUGGCGUUCAAUUCAUUCAACUCCUUUAGAAUUUAUGGUUGAUCUGUUACACGACUACUUGUGGCAAUUAGCCUAUAUUUCUAACGAGUAUGCUAAAGUACUUGGACGUACGGACGUAAAUCUCGACGACGUUGGUCUCGCUUUUCAACACAUGAACAUCGAUCUCAAUCAACUCGCAGAGUACGUCGAAAACGUCAGGUCAAUCCCAUGUGCAAUUCAAAUUCCAAAAUACCCGGUACCUCGCGAGGAUCAUUUGAAUUUCAUGAAACCUGGUAGUCGUGAAGUUAUUAAACGUCCGAUGCAUGUUCCUGAAUAUUUACCUCCGAUGUAUUCCAAUCUUGAGGAAUUGUCACCUGUAGAAAAAAAGGAAACAAUAUUUGAAAAUGAUGAAAAUAUAAAUGUAAGUCGAAAUGUAAAUUCGUCAAUUGGUUCGUCAGUUGAGAAUCAAAUGAGUACGGUUAUCAAUAACAAAAUACCUGGGGUAAUGAAACGUCCUGGAGAUACCGUGUUUAAUAGUUUUGGUCCAGAUAAACGUAUUAAAAUGAGCGACGAAACUAAAACGUUGCGUGAGAUCCAGAGUGUGACGAUGACAACAUCAGGUUUCUUGAAAUCGGCACGUAGAGGUAAAUUACCUGAAUCAUGUUCUCCAAGUGAGGUGUCUAUAGUUUAUGAUAAAAUGGAGGAGCUUCAAAAUUAUACCAAUGCAUAUUAUGGAAAUUCUUUCUUAUCUAUAGAUACGCCAACAUUUAGCACUAACAAUGAUGUAGAAUUUAAUAGAAUGCCAACUUCAUGUUAUGUAUAUUCACAGGAUGACAUGACACCACCAGCUACUCCAGAAAUACCCAAGACACCUGAGAUAAAAAUCUCUAAAGUUGAAUCACUUGCGUCAGUAUCGCAAGAACAAUCAUUUUUUAAAGAUUUUGGGAUUGCACCAACAAUACCUUUUUCUAUGAAUCCGGUUUUGUCAACUGAUGGUCCGGGAUUAAUUCCUUAUGUAAUUAAUGCCCCCUCAACUCUAAGGCUACCUUUGUCACCAAUCCAAUCUUAUGUGAAAAGUAUAAAUGCAAAUCCAAGAUACGAGUUUCCAUCAAUUUCGGGACUGGAGAAUCAAUACUCCCUAGCGAUGAGUCCUAAAAAACUUGAUAAGAGUUCGAAGAAAUAUAAAAAUGACACGAAGAAUAAAUCCUUAAAGAAGAAAGAGAAAGGAAAAAAUUGUGUGGAAAUUGGUAAAGAAAAAAAUAAUUAUAAGAAGAAAAAAAUUAAAACAGAAGACAACGGCGUAAAAGUUGAAUUUGAACUUGAUUUGCCUGCAUCAAAAUCUACGACAAUAAAGAAAUCUCAAUCUAAAAUUGACGAAAAGAAAGAAGAGUCAAGAAAUAUUAAUAGUACAGGAAUUAAUCUUCAGUUAAAACUUAAUUCUACUGCAUCAAAACAUGUGAUGCCAAAAAAUUCAGUUAAGAAAACUGCCGUUAAAAAAAUAAAUAAAAAUAAUACUUUUAGUGCUCAAUUGAAAGAGUUGAAAGUUGAUCCGAAUGAAAUAAAACCUCCGAUUACGGGAAAUCAAUUUUUUGAGGAAAUAACUUUAAAGCCAUUGCCAAAAAAAGUCGCUUUAGCUUCUAAACCAGUUAAAGAGAAGAUUAAAAAAGUUAAGUCUGAUGAUUGUCCGAAGAAAAGUUUAAAAGACAAAAAAACAGUAAGAAAGAGUGUUGAAGAAACUGUCCCAGUUAUUUCUCCAACUAUCGUUGGUCCAGAUGGACAACAAAUUUGGAUCUGUCCAGCUUGCAGUAGAGAAGACAAUGGCACUCCGAUGAUUGGUUGCGAUGACUGUGACGCUUGGUACCACUGGAUUUGUGUCGGGAUGCGCGCACCACCCCCUCAUGAUGCCAAUUGGUAUUGUAAGCGUUGUAUUACUAGAAGAAUAAACUCGAUUUCUAAUCAAAAUAACCAGAAAGAAGUCGAAGUUUAUACCAUAAACUAAAAAUCAAUCGUUGAAUAGAAUUCCUUUUUUAUAUUUCCAGUAAGCUCAGUCACUCUACAGUAAAUUACUUCUUUUAUAAGUAUAUAUUUUUUAAGUUUUCAAUUAAAGUAUGAAACAAAAUUAUGAUCCUGAAGUUAGAAGAUAGUCAACAAUUUUCGGAUUUUUUUUUAACGAAUCGAUUACGAAAAAAAAGAAAAUAAAAAUAUGCACAUGUAGAAAAUAAAAAAAACUAUAGGUGCAAUUUUUUUAAUAUUUUUUUUUCUAUAAUUUAAUGUUUUUAAACGAAUUCAAAAAUUAUUAGACGUCGGCCAACUUCAGUAUCAUAACAAAAUUACAACUUUACUUUUGUUUAAAAAUAUAAAAUUAUCUUUGUUACGAAAACAUAAUCAUGUACUUUUGUAUGGGUAUAUUCUAUAAAGGAAUUAAAAAUUAUUUAAUCAUAAGCGAAUUUAGA